AGGACAUUGGUUCCUAAGAAUUGCUUACUGACUUAUAGAAAGUCAAUUGGUUAAUAUAUAAAGUCCAGUACACAGGGCAAAAGCUGAAGAUACAAACAUGAUGAGGUUUGUGGUCCUGGCUAUUCUGGCUGUUGGAGCUUAUGGGUGUGGGCUACCCACAUAUCCUCCAGUUGUGAAGAGGGUAGUAGGAGGUGAGGAUGUGCGUCCACACAGCUGGCCCUGGCAGGUCUCCCUUCAGUACAGCAGCAAUGGUAACUGGCACCACAUUUGCGGAGGAACCCUCAUUUCCAAUGAAUGGGUAAUUACUGCUGCUUACUGUAUCAGCAGUAGCAGAACUUACAGAGUGUACCUGGGUAAACAUAACCUGAAAAAGGAGGAGGAUGGGUCGCUCGCCAUCGCCCCUGCUAAGAUCAUUGACUAUGAAAACAGGAAUUCCAUCUUUUUACGCAAUGACAUCGCCCUGAUCAAACUGGAAACUCCCAUCACUCCAAGUGACACCAUCAUGCCUGCAUGUAUUCCUGCUGAUGGGGUUAUUUUAGCCCACAAUGAGCCCUGUUAUGUUACUGGCUGGGGAAGCCUUUACACCAAUGGUCCCAUUGCUGAUAACCUGCAGCAAGCUCUUCUGCCUGUUAUGGAUUAUGAAACUUGCUCAAAGUCUGAUUGGUGGGGCUCUCAGGUUACCCGAAACAUGAUCUGCGCUGGUGGAGAUGGUAUUGUCUCUGGAUGUAAUGAUGACUAUGGUGGACCUCUGAACUGUAAGGGUGAUGAUGGAGCCUGGGAAGUUCAUGGGAUUGUGAGCUUUGGUUCUGGAAUUUACUGCAACUACGCCAAGAAGCCCACAGUCUUCAUUCGCGUGAGCGCCUACAUUGACUGGAUCAGCAAGAACAUGGCCACCUAUUAAAGAGCACUCAGAAAGAUUUUGUAUAAGUUUCAGAACAAUAAAAAUAAAAAAAACAUAUAAGAGUUGUGUAAACUUAAUUGCACUUAUACUUUACUAUAUGCUAUUUAAUAUUAACUUGCCAAUAGUACAAAUACAAUCACCUGAGGAGAAAAAAAUGAAUAUCCAAUACAUUAUCCUUAUUUCUUAAUCUCAUUUUGCUGGUACUUAAAAAUCAACUAGAUAUGAGAUAUCUGAAGUGAUUUUCUUAGGACUGAUGUUUAUUGAAUUUCAGAAUUUAUCGAUUUAAAUUCAAGGUCCAAAAACACAAACAGGACAUAUCGACCUCAGUGUAUAUGGUUUCAGUUUAAACUGUUAUUAAACAUGCUGAUUCACGUUUACAUACGAUACGAUAGCUUAAACAAGUGAAGAAAUAUGAAUAAAUGUAAUAUACACUUGAAUUCAAAUACAUUACCAAAAGUGCCCAUGUGCAGGUUUGUUGUCAUGCAGAGGGAACACACAAUUACGGGGAAUUUAGCCAGUGUGAAUAACUAUAUUUCAGUAGUACAUUUAUAUGAAUUCUAAUUGCAUCAUUAAUAGCAGGCACAACAAACUACACAGACAUGCUUUAAACUGCCAUAAACAGUGCAUUAAAUACUUAUUUGAGCAUUCUUAACAUUUAUUUUAGCUACCAUGAAAUAAAUGAUAAAUGUCAAAGUGUCAAUUGAAUCUGAUAAAACAGAUCUUUGCCAUUUUGGUCUGCUGGUUGGAUGAUUCACUGUGCUGCCACUGUGAUGUAUCUUGGCUCCAUGUUUCCAAAGUAAGACUUCUCCCACUCACUCAUGAGGUCAAAGUGGAGAGGACGUUCACAGAAAGUGCAAGAAGCCAUUGCUGGUCCGUUUAGCGGUAGACCCGCCUCUUGCCAGACGUCCAAGAGUUUCUC